CACACACACACACACACACACACAUAAUGGUUCAAUUCAUCGCGCACCAACAGCUGCAUGGAGCGCACCAAAAUCCUGCUGACUCUGAGCGACUUAUGUUUGGAGUAACAUACAUACGUACGUGUAUGGGCUAGCCAGUUUGCUCCACUGCCAUGGCAUUGAUUCGUACUCCAUCCGGUUCGUCGCUACCAUCGGCGGCGCUGUCGUUGUGCUAACUAGUAUAGCGCAUUUUGAGUUUGCGUUCAAUUCAUUUUUCUUCAGUCCACGACGAUUAACCAUGACGAACGGUUGGGUGUAUUCGUAAAGGCGGCGUUAUAAAAUUAUUAAUGUCAAUUUGAAUGUGAAAUCAUAAUACAAGUGUGCACAUUAAUGUUGCUAAAAAUUUUAAAAUUCGUCAACAUAAAGGCAAUAAAUAAUUUGCAAAUGAAGUGAACCACAGAAAUUACAAGGAAACAACACUUAAGGUGAAAAAGAAACGAACAGUUGGAUAAGUGUGAAAAUUUCAAUAAAAAAUAUACACAUCGGUACGCGUUGAUUGAAAAUUUUUGCUGUGAGGAAUUUUGAAGAUUUUCGUGAAUUUUCGUGUAAGUGUAUGUUACUGAAUGAAAUAGACGACAGCAUGUCGAAGUAAAAAAUCGUUAAAUGCGAAAUUGUGCCAAACGAAGCAAAACUAGCCGAAGCUGCGAGGCAAAUAGACUGGCAGGCCGGCAGGCUGUUAGGCAGUCCGUUAGCCAGUCAACAAGCUGAUAAAGUAAAGCCGCGCAUCCUUUUUCGGGCAAUGAAUUUUGCAACACGCUUACAUACGUCGGCGAGAGUGACAGCGCCUGCAUUGAAACUACAAAGCGGAUGUGAAAAUUCCGCUUCUAUCAGUGGGUAGUAGAGUAUGCGUUGCAUUUGUGAUUUUCUGGAUGUGUGCAUUUGGAAAAAAAAACAAAGAAAAAAUUACAUGCACCAAAUCGCUAGAACAAACGUAAUUGUGCGCGCGGCAGGAGGUACAUCAUAUUUAGAAAAUAAUUUGUACGAACAACAACACAGCAAAGUGAAGUGAAAUAGAGUUUCGCGUAAUGUAAAAAAAAUAAAUAUCGACUGCAUAGAAUUUUAGUUGUCGAAAAUAGACAGUGUUUGGUGUGAGCGCAAAUCUUAGCGUUUAAAGCUUUUGGUGGUUAGUGAAAACGAUACAUUAAAGUUCAGGCGUACGACUGAAUUGCGUGCAGAACAUUUUGAGUGGAAAGAUAUUAAUAAUUAAUUAAUAUUCAAGAAAGUGUAGACACUGAGCCUCACGUUCAGUGAAAAGCUCACGCAAAGGUAAAAACUAAUACAAAAAACUACUACUUCAGAAAAAAAACCGGCAAAAAAAUGCAGCGACUAGAAAAGUAUAUAGCUUGUCGCAUAUCCUACUAAGACUGCAGGUAGAAAGAAACAGUUCACAUAUCAAGUGGCAAAAAAAAGAAAGCAAUACAUACAACACAAUAAAAGAGACGCAUGUCUCCCAAAUACAACUAACUGAAAUUGCAUAUCUCGCAAACUCUGCACCGCAAACAACCUUCGCCGAGCAGUAUAUCCUUUCAAUGAAGAUACUCAAUAUGCACUCAUGUGCACUAAAAAAGUCCUAAACUCAACUAACUACCAUACGUAACAGCUGAGUCGGCGAUUAAAAAUCGGAAAAAAAUGCAAAAUCAACAAAAACCACUCUACAUCACCUGCCGCUACAGGCCAAGGCAGCAGCGCUCACAUCGACAUACACAUCCAUUUCACCUCUGCCGGAAGUCACUGUCGAAAACAACACAUAACCGCAUCAAAUUUCCUAACUCAAUUCGCUUGCUGCCACCACUGUGGCCACAUCUACUCAUCUCGCUACUGCUACUCAUCGGCCAGCCACCUGUGUCGCUGGCCACACGCUAUAAUCGCCAAAGUUCGGGUCAUAUUUCGUAUGGCGCCGCAAGUGGCGGCAAUAGUCUUACUACGCCACACUUUCCCCUCGAUGCCACCAAUACCGUGUACGCAGGUGGCGCUGUCGGCAAGCAUCACGCCGCCAACAUCAACAACGAUGUGUACUCGGUGGCCGACAGCCAGGCCAUGACCGACGACUAUAUGGCGCAGUUCGGUAAGCCACCUGCACCACCAUCACCGCCAGCAGUACUUCCCCCACCACCGGCAGUACUGUCACCAGUUUUACCACCACCAUAUCACACGCACUCGCACGUGCCCGCUGCGGACAACACGUUAAUCAUACAUCAGCAGCCACAGCUGAGCAGCUGUCAGACGGUGUGUGCGUGCAAGUGGAAGGGCGGAAAGCAGACGGUGGAGUGUAUUGACCGGCAGCUCAUACAAAUACCCGAGAAUAUCGAUCCGUCAACACAGGUGUUGGACAUGUCGGGCAAUAAGCUGCAAACGCUGUCGAAUGAGAAAUUCAUACGCGCAAAUUUGUUGAACUUACAGAAAUUGUAUUUGCGCAGCUGCAAGAUAGGCGAAAUUGAGCCGGAAACAUUUAAGGGUCUCACCAAUCUGGUCGAACUGGAUUUGUCACAGAAUUUGUUGGUAGUGGUGCCUUCGCUGGCACUCAGUUAUAUCUCCUCGCUGCGCGAAUUGACGCUCGCUUCCAAUCACAUACACAAGAUCGAGUCUAACUCGUUCGCCAGUACGCCUGCGCUACACAAGCUGGAUCUGUCGCACUGUGACAUACAGUCCAUAGCGCCACUAGCCUUCGAUGGUCUGGAAGGUCUGACGCUGCUGCGCUUGAACGGCAACAAGCUGAGUGUGUUACUGCCACGCACGAUCGAGACCCUGAGCAAGCUGCACGGCAUCGAGCUGCACGACAAUCCGUGGCUCUGCGAUUGUCGCAUGCGUGAUGCGAAACUAUGGUUGACGCAGAAGAACAUACCUUAUCCGGUGGCACCACUGUGCGCAGGUGGACCCGAGCGAAUAAUAGAUCGCACCUUCUCUGACCUGCAGGUCGAGGAUUUUGCCUGCCGGCCAGAAAUGUUGCCCAUCAGCCAUUAUGUGGAGGCGACAAUGGGUGAGAAUGCUUCGGUGGUGUGUCGCGCAAAAGCUAUUCCAGCUGCCGUCAUGAAUUGGUAUUGGAAUGGUAGGCUACUAGCGAACAACAGCGCAUUCAGUUCCUAUCAACGCAUACAUAUCUACGAGAGUGGACACUUCGAGAAACAUUCGCGUUUAGUGAUAACAAAUGCACAGGAAACGGACUCCAGUGAAUUUUACUGCGUUGCGGAAAACCGUGCAGGCACUGCGGAGGCCAACUUCACGUUACAUGUGAGUAUGCGUGCCGCAGGCAUGGCGUCGUUAGGCAGCGGACAAAUUGUUGGCCUUAGCGCGGCGUUGGUAGUGUUGAUCGUAUGCAUUUUGCUGGCGGUUAUGUUCCUGCUCAUGCGUGUCAAGCGUCAGCCGUACACCGAAAGCAAGACGCCCAACCACAUGGAGGUGGUGACGAGUGGCAAUCAUCAGAAUUCUGUAACGAACAAGCAGCAACCUAUAAACGGAAAUGGAAACAUGGGGGGCGUAGUUAUUGUCAAUGGCGACGUACCUAAUUAUAUUGACGCAGCUUGCUCAUUGGAACGAAAGAGCAGUGCAGCGAUGGCGGCGAAUGAGGCGGGCUUUGCCAACCCUGUGCAGAAACCACCGCGCCUCACCGAUCUGCCAUACUCCGCAACUGGCUAUGACAAUAAUGGCAGCGUACUAUCCACGGCACCCUGCUUUCUCUCGCCCACGGCGUCGGCUGGCAAUAACCCAGAUCUCAUUAAUGACACAAAACGUUACGGCAGUGAUGAAUUCGUCGAUUUAAGAAUACCAGCAAUAUUGACGGCAAAUUUGGGCACCGAACUGGGCAACUCGAGUGGUGAAUACAGUCGCGCGGGUGGUUGUGAUUCACUGUACCCCUCGGGCUUGUGGGAGAAUUCGCCUACGGGCAACUCCUCUGCCGACGACCUCUACCUGAAGCGUUAUACUGAUAAGACGCCUAUCAUGGAGUCACACCAACUUUACGACUUGCAUGAACGCACCGUCGACUACUUCAGCAAAACAUUCCCGCGCACGCACUAUAACAACUUACAGCUCACCGGUGGAUUGGCGCCCACCAAUAGUAAUGAAACAGUUGGCUCCAAUGGUAUGCUGCACAAUCCCUCCACCUCGUCGGCAGCGAUGCUGCAUAACUCAAAUGGCGGUGGUUUGGGUGGCACGAGUGGCGGUGGUACGCAUUCGACGGCUUCAACAACCACCACUAAUCUUUCGGGUUCGUCCAGCGCUGGUAUUAGCGCCGGCGGCGGCGGCUAUCCCAACGACUACGGCCUACCACUGGUACCAGGCGCGGAACACCAACACAAUCAUCACCUACAAAUGCAUCCACUGCAACAGUUGCAGCAACAUAUGUCAGCGGCAGCGGCGAGUCAACACGGUAGCGUUAGCGGCAGCAAUCAUAGUAGCCCACAUUUCACCAGCAGAACACUACCGCGAUUACAUGAGCACAACAGCAGCGGUAGUAGUAGUGCUGGCGCUGGACUUACUAGCUCAAGAUCAUCACCCACGCCUACGGCAGCGGCAGCGGCAGCGGCGGCGGCAGGCACACUGUCGACGACUGUGAAGCAGAACGCAACGGGGCAAGCGCACACCUCGAUACUACCGAACGGACAACCGGUGAACGCCAAAACAUUACGCGUGUGGCAGAAGGGUGGUGUGCCAGUGUUGCCGCCAGUCACCGCGCUGAAGCGAGCGCUAACGAGCACUAAUCGCAACUCACCGGACGAGGGUUAUCAGGAGGGUUGCGGUACGGAUGUGUAAAAUCAGCGAGCGAACGGUGGGACAGCGGAGUCCUCAUGCGCUGUAGACUAAUAAGAAGACUUGCAAUU